GCGUGGAUGAGGGCAUUCGAAGACGUAGUUGCGUGUAUAAAUGUUCAAGCGUCUCCUUUGGGAUAAUCGCUCUCCGCUGUGACCUUUCAGCUGUGGAUUAGGAAGAAUUUGAUCGGCUUCUCUGUGGGAAAGUAGAGAGUAAGGGAGAGGUGUGUGUUCGGAGAGUCGCCACUUGCUCGACAAGUGUGGUCCUAAGUGGAGAGAGACGUUCCAGUUGUCGGUUUGGUUAGUGAAGCUUUCGGAUAGCGAUAGUUGAGGGAAACAGCGAAGGGAAAUGGCGUCGGAGAAGGCUCGUUCUGGGGCGGGGCAGAUUGGCGAGGCCGGCCGGGAGAAGUAUGAGGAACUGAAGGAGACGGCGGCGCAGAAGACACAGGCCGUGAAGGAGAUGGCGGCGCAGAAGACGCAGGAGCUGAAGGAGGCGGCAGCGGAGAAAAUGGAGGCAGCCAAGCGGAUGGCGGCGGAGAAGACGGAGGCGGCCAAGCAGACGGCGGCGGAGAGGUCCCAGGCGGCGAAAGAAGGAGCCCAAGAGAGGUACGAGGGAGCGAAGGGGUCGGUGGCCGAAAAUAUUCAGCUGGCCAAGGAGGCGGUGGCGGAGACAAACGCGGCGUUCAGAGACCAGACUGCUAGCGCGAUACAUGCUGUCCAAGAGUCGGCGAAGUCGGCGAUGGAAAGCAUACAGGACAAAGCGAAAUCGGCUACGGAGGCCGUCAAGGAGAAGGUAGGCUAUGGACAAUCUCAGCAGUGAAAGGCUGCGUACUGGAAUAGAAGUAAGGUGGUAAGCUGGCCGUCUAGCGAAGGGGAAGAGGUAGCCGCUGUGGAGGUAGGUGUGAGAGAUACUCGUGAUAGCCCUGAGCGGCUGCGGCUACCCUGAGGAGCACGAGCAAAUGUACGAUGGAAGAGGGGCAUGGGUCCUCGGAGGUGACGGAGUGAUGCAGACCACGUUGUACGUGAUUCCUUGGAGUUGACGAGUGAUGCAGACUACAUACUUGUGGAGGAAAAUGUGCUCUGGAAUUGCAGAAAAGGGGCAUCAAUUUGACAGUGCAUAUGGAGAGGGGAACUGGAAGUCAGGUAUGGAAAUCGGCUAGCUCGUUUAGUGAGCCUCGGCUAUGGAAGUUUGCUGUCUGAGAAAGAGACGAUGUUCUCUGGAGAGAAAUUUGAAGUGGCUGCGGCGAAUGUACGAGGAGGUUAACCCCGAGACAUCACACUGCUGCGAGGACUGGGUUGGUUGCUCGCCGUUUUCGAGUGCCUGAGCGAAGACAACAAUAAUCUAGGAGCAGCCGAAUUUCGAGGACUGUGGAACUCUGGUUGUGGGAGUCUGUUGUUCUCUGACUGCUGAUUUGUAUCGCAAAGCAAUGGCGUCGGUGAAGAGCACACACGACUGUCACAGCGGUGUCGGUGUUUGUUCGCCUUCACGGGGAAAUAAUUUCUGUGGGUAAUGGAUCAAUGAGCAUUGACUGAAGGAGAGAAGAAACUUCUGCGGGUAGUGGAUUUAUGACCGUUGACUGUAUCACUGCGUGUGUGACGCGGCAAUGUUUAAUAAUGUUACACGGCGACGUUUUUCAAUAGUCGAGCCUUUCAAAAGCCUAGCCUGGCGUCUGUGACAUGGGAUAUCAUUUGAUAGUGUGUGAUACUAAGGAACAUAGGUUUGGUGUAGGCCUCGCCGCCGGUCGGUAUUCAGUUCUGCAGCGAUGAGUGUAGCCGUCAUUGUACUGCUGUUGCCCAUGGAGGGGACAAUGAACUCGGUUCCCAGCAGCAGGUGCAUUGUCUAGCUGUUGAGUGGAGCCGAGAAUUUGGGGAUGACUCCUAUCACCCCCGGAAUAGGUGCCUGGUGGGAAUUGCUGAUUUCGGGGGGGGGGGGGGGGGGGAACGGUUGUCUAGUAUGUCCACCCGUAGACGAAGUGACCGAAGAGCCCUAGGAUGGGAAGGACGAAGAGAUUAAACCACCAGUACUUGGCGCAGCCAUCGGCCAUGGAAAAAAAUAGAGUAGAAACUUGUCUAGUUGGAUGAAUCUGGGGGCUCUUGUAGUGGCCCGUACGUUUCCUAAAAUUGUGGCUGAUGUCCAGCAUGACUUAGGGAGUAGUGGUGGUUUAGGAGCAACUCGGCGGUAUUACUCGCACAAUCAUGAUGUUCUGAAUGAUGAUUGCAAUUGUGUCCAGAAUGCAAGUCGAAGAGGGGUUGUCUUUAAUACAACGCACGGACGUUAUUGCUGUAUCUAGACUGAAAUAUACGGUAAGUACAGCUGGAAUGGCCGUCCGUUGUAUUCGGGUGACGAAGGUAGUGCAAAUGCGCCCUAAGAGACGUAUGAGGCAAAAUUUGGUCAUGCCAUUGUCUGUAGCCAUAACUAUAGACAGUUGGUCAUGCCAUUGUCAGUAGCUAUAACUGUAGACGGCGUGUCAUAAAACGACAAAUGUGCUGCGCUAAUGUGUUCGUGGCGUUCGUGGUAACGUCCGUCGUCGUCGAUGAUGUAUAGUGACGUUGUAUGAGCUGGGGCGUCGAUCAGCCGGGUGUCCCAUCUCCCAUGGAUGGUACCCGGGUCGAUGAUGUUUUCAAUGAAUUUUAAACGAAUAU